UUUUAUCCUUUUUGUAAACCGCUUUUAAAUUUUAUUACUAUCACGCGAAUAUAUGUUGCCAACCCACCACCUUAUUUUCUCAGGUAAAUCAACAGGCAAAUCUUAGGGAAACGUGUCCGGAAUCCUUUGAAGAAUCCAACCGGUACGCCUGCUUGGUGUCCUUACGCGACGGGGCGGACGAGAACCAGUAGGCGGCGCUGAGGAGGAGGAAAGGCUUGUGUCUGCGUCGGCGAGCGGGCCGUCUAAAAAGCGGGAGCCACAAGCAGCCCUCCUUAUCCCGGCUGCUUUCCCUCGACGGCUCUCUUGGCGCAGUCAGGUCGAGAGGGAGGAAGCGAGCGGCGGCACCGGGGCGAGGACCGUCGAGGGUCGCUGCUUCGCCGUGCGCUCCCCAGUCCUUUCCUCCUUCCGUGCUCCCAGGGGGCGGCUCCCUCCGGCCGGCCUUCUUAAGCACCCGCCCCACCGCGGCCGCCUAACUAGCCAGCCAGCUAGCCAGGCGGCGCUGCUCUUUUGCUCCAGGUGACCGUCCUGCCCGCGGCGCAUGGACUUCGACGGGCAGCUGCUGCGGCAGGUGGGCGGCUUCGGGCGGCGCGCCCGGCUCCUGGCUGCCGCCUCGUGGCUGCCCAACGUGCCGCUGGCGCUCGGCUUGGCCGCGGGGCUCCUGCUGGCCGCCACCCCGCAGCACCGCUGCCGCCCGGACCCGGCGCUGCUGCCGCCCGAGCUGCGCAACGCCAGCGGGCCCGAGCUGCUCAACGCCUCCACCCCGCCCGGCAGCCACUGCCUGCUCUACCGCUACCCGCCGCCCGGGGGCGGCCUCGAGCCCAACGGGACCGGCCCUUGCACCCGCGGCUGGGAGUACGUCCUGCCUGAGGCCGGCCUCCUCUCCACCGUCGUGACGCAGUGGGACUUGGUCUGUGCCAACCACUGGCAGGUGCCCCUGGAGCAAACCACCCACCUCCUGGGGUGGUUGAUUGGUUACAUGGCUUUUGGAUCGGCCUGUGACAGGUUUGGCCGCCGGGCCACUUUCAUCUCCUCCUUGAUGCUGUCCAUCCCUCUGGGCAUUGCCGUGGCGCUGGCUGUGAAUUAUGUUAUGCUUGUACUUACCCGGCUGCUCUUUGGGGCACUGCUGGCUGGCACCUUCCUCUCCCUCUAUGUUGCAAGGCUGGAGUUGUGUGACCCUCCGCACCGCCUGGCAGUCACCAUGGGCGCUGGUUUCUUCUGGGUGGCUGGGGAGCUGCUCUUGCCAGGGCUGGCGGUGGCUUGCAAGGAGUGGCGGCUCCUCCAGGGGACAAUAGUGCUGGGACUCACUCUGCUGGCUGCCUGCUGGUGGUGUCCUGCCCUCUCCCCCGAGUCGGGCCGCUGGCUCUUGGCCACUCAGCAGCUUGAGGAAGGCAAGCAGGUUCUGCGCGAUUUAGCCGAGGGCAAUGGAAUCCGCCUGGAGGAUGACUCCUACACUUGGGAGCACCUGUUUGCAGAGCUGGACAACCUGUCUGGAGGGGCCCCUCUGCCACAGUACCACAGCAUCUGCAAGAUCUUCCGCACCCGGGUCAUUUGGAAGAACAGCCUUAUCCUGGGUUUCACUGCGUUCAUUGGGAGUGGGAUCCGCCACAGCUUCACCCGCAACCUGAACUCUUACGCACCGGGCUUCUACUUCCCCUACUUCCUGCUGGUGGCGAGUGAGGCGGUUGCGCUCCUCUUCUUGUGCCUGACCGUGGACCACUUUGGACGCCGCGCCGCCCUCCUGCUCAGCACCAUCCUGACGGGCGUUUCUUCGCUGCUGCUACUGGCCUUGACUCAGUACCUGAUGUCCUGGCUCAUUGUGCUGCUCUCUGUCCUGGGGAUCCUCGCGUCACAAGCUGUUUCUGCCCUCAGCGUCCUGUUUGCCGGCGAGGUGCUUCCCACCGUGGUCAGGGGUGCUGGGCUGGGCCUCAUCCUGGCCGCUGGCUUGGUGGGCCAGGCCACCACUCCACUCAUGGAGAUCCACAACAGCCAUGGCUUCUUCCUCCACCAUGUGAUCUUUGCCUCCUUCGCCAUCCUGUCGGUGCUUAGCAUCAUGCUGCUCCCGGAGAGCACCAGCAGGCCCCUUCCGGACUCUCUGCUGGACGGGGAGAGUCAGCACCGGCCCCCGCUCUUCCACUCCAGUCAGCGCCAGCGCCACAAGGACCACCUGCCGCUGCUCUCCACCCGCUCCACAGCUGGCCCCUAUGACCCCGACAGCUACGCCCGCCUCGUCUCAGCCACCAAGAAGAUGCUGGGCUCCCACCAUGGAGCCAGCUCUGGGCAAACAAGACCGCUGCUCCCGGCGCGCUCCCGGCACAACAGCACUCUGGAAGGGAUGUAGUGGCCUGGACUGCAUGCCUUGGGGCAGCGAGGAGGGUGUUUAAGUCCCCCUGCCACCCCAUCGAAGGACUGCAUCACGUUCCUAAAAACUGGAGUGAGGCUGUGAGCACAGAGGGCGGCUGGCCGUCACACAGGAUCAUCUGCCUCUUGCCCCCCCCAGACGUUUGGGGCUAGUAUGGGAGUUGUAGUCCAAAACACCUGGAGGGCGCCAGCUUUUUGGAUUCUCCUCUCUCCGUCUCGCAGAGAAAGAGCCACUGCAGCCCUACCAUCAGUGCCUUAUAGGCUCUGGUUCCCGCAAGCACUUCUAAUAAAAAACUGUGUGACACCUUUGUA